UCACCGACCGGCCAUUCUGUCAGAGCUGGUCCAGACUAGACUGAGAGUGGACGUGCUUCUCGUACAGAAAGGGAACAGACACCCACCGCAAGCCGAGCCUGUAGCCGCGUUGCGUCUUUGCUUCAACCCGAACCAACCAACUCUGAAUUUGCAUUAAAUAUGUCUAAUAUCGUUUGCUGUCAAAUACCUCAGGUUAUAAUGUAUGACCAACACAGAAUAAGUACAACUCUAUAGCCAACGGGAUCUCGAGGACUUGAUUACAGUCGCUUCAAGCCUGAUAGUUUGUCCGUGCGGCUGCUCCCCUUCUCCCUUCUGCUCACGCCUGUUUAGUCAACUGGCAUUGCUUCUAACAACUUCCCAUCCCUCUCCUCGGGUGAAGACGACUUGAGUUCCACUGUGAUCUGAGUCUGCUUUGCCUAUUGCCUACCUUCAGUUCUACUCUCAGCAGUGGUGCUUCCCUGGAUUUGCAUUAUUCUCUAUUAGAAAUACCAUCAAAAUUCACCAAGAUGAUUCCAAACGGUUAUUUGAUCUUUGAGGAUGAAAGUUUCCUGGAUUCCACCGUGGCCAAAAUGAACGCUCUGAGAAAGAGUGGACAGUUCUGUGAUGUUAGACUGCAGGUGUGUGGUCAUGAGCUAAUGGCUCACCGUGCUGUUCUGGCUUGCUGCAGUCCCUACCUGUUUGAGAUCUUUAACAGUGAUAUUGAGCCUCACGGAGUCUCACAUGUCACUUUUGAGGACUUGGACCCAGAGGCUGUGGAGAUCUUGCUCAAUUACGCCUAUACUGCCCAGCUAAAGGCAGACAAGGAACUGGUCAAGGAAGUUUACUCUGCAGCCAAACGGUUCAAGAUGGAGCGAGUCAAACAGAUUUGUGGUGACUACCUGCUGUCUAAAAUGGAUUCCCAGAGCGCCAUCUCUUUUCGUAACUUUGCCAGCGCUAUGGGAGAUGCCAGAGUUUUGGCCAAGGUGGACGCCUUCAUCCAAGACCAUCUACUGGAAGUGUCUGAACAGGAGGACUUCCUCAAACUCCCCCGCCUCAAGUUAGAAGUAAUGCUAGAAGACAACCUGACCCUGCCCAGCAAUGGCAAGCUCUACUCCAAGGUGCUCAACUGGGUGCAGCGUAGCCUUUGGGAGAACGGAGACCAAUUAGAACGACUGAUGGAGGAGGUGCAAACGCUGUACUACUCACCUGACCAUAAGCUGGUGGAUGGAGGGCUGGUGAUUGAUGGGCACAGUGAGGUGUUUGGUGGCGAGGAGGACCACCUUCAGUUUGUGCAGAAGAAACCCGUACGGGAGAGCACCCAGAGACAGAUGAGCUGCAGCUCUUCAGGAAGCCUGUCGCCCUCCAACCAAGCAGCAAAUGCCCCGAAACAGACCGGCAGGAGAGAGUGGAAGUACAUCGCCUCUGAGAAGACCACAAACAACAACUACCUGUGUCUGGCUGUGCUGGACGGUGUGUUGUGUGUGAUCUUCUUGCACGGUCGCAGCAGCCCUCAGACCUCUCCCUCUGCCACCCCCUGCUUGAUGAAGAGCCUCAGCUUCGAGGCCCAGCCUGAGGAGCUGGAGGAGCAGCCACUCUCACCCAUGCAUUAUGCUCGCUCUGGCCUGGGCACCGCGGCUCUGAGUGGAAGACUCAUCGCAGCAGGAGGCUACAACAGGGAAGAGUGUCUGAGGACUGUGGAGUGUUACGACCCCAAAGAGGACCGCUGGACCUUCAUCGCUCCCAUGCGGACUCCAAGGGCUCGAUUCCAGAUGGCUGUGCUCAUGGGUCAGCUGUACGUGAUUGGAGGUUCAAACGGACAUUCUGACGAGCUGAGCUGUGGGGAGAUGUACGAUCCACAUGCUGAUGAAUGGACUCAAGUGCCAGAGCUGAGGACAAAUCGCUGCAAUGCAGGUGUCUGCGCACUAAACAACAAACUGUACGUUGUUGGAGGGUCGGACCCCUGCGGGCAGAAGGGCCUGAAGAACUGUGAUGCUUUUGACCCUGUGACCAAAACCUGGUCCAACUGUGCCUCUCUUAACAUCAGGAGGCACCAGGCAGCCGUGUGUGAGUUGGAAGGCUUCAUGUACGUGAUUGGAGGGGCGGAGUCGUGGAACUGCCUGAACACUGUGGAACGCUACAACCCUGAAAACAACACCUGGACCCUGAUCGCCCCCAUGAAUGUGGCUCGCAGGGGGGCCGCCGUCGCCGUCCAUGCAGGCAAACUGUUUGUUGUUGGCGGCUUCGAUGGCUCCCACGCGCUCCGCUGUGUGGAGGUGUACGACCCCGCCCGCAACGAGUGGAGGAUGCUGGGUAGCAUGACAUCUUCACGCAGCAAUGCUGGCGUUGCCAUGCUGGGAGAAACCAUCUACGCUGUGGGCGGCUUUGACGGAAACGAGUUCCUCAACACGAUGGAGGUGUACAACCUGGAGACCGACGAGUGGAACGACUGCACCAAGGCCUUGACUCCCCUCUCCGAAGACUGAAGAGGAGGGAGACAGGGAGGUGGGAGGAGCAGGAGGGAGGGACGAGAGGUUGGGGAGUUUCACAGUGCUUCACCUUUUUCCAAACUAACAGGCUUAGUGACGUAAUCGUGUUUCGUGAUGUUCUGUGUGUGUGUAUGAGCGGAUAUGUGUGGGUGGGGACGGGGGUUGUUGGGACGAGGGGUCUUCAGUGAAGACUG